UUCACGUCCGCCAGCGACGCCUGGAGCUACGGCAUCGUCAUGUGGGAGGUGAUGUCCUUCGGAGAGCGGCCCUACUGGGACAUGUCCAACCAGGAUGUGAUCCGCGCCAUCGAGCACGGGUACCGGCUGCCGCGGCCGCCGCGGUGCCCGCCCGCCCUGCACCGCCUCAUGCUCGACUGCUGGCGCCGGGACCCCCGCGCGCGCCCGCGCUUCCCCGCGCUCGUCAGCGCCCUCGACCGCCUCAUCCGGCACCCGCCGGCGCUGCGCGGCCACCACAGCCCGGAUGCAGGCAGCCCCCCCAUGGGUCCCCCCUUUGCCGCGGUUGGGGAAUGGCUCCGGACGCUGCAGCUCAAGGAGGGCUCCGAUGGCGCCGGCGUCACCGGCGUGGAGCUGCUGCCGCGGGACCUGCUGCAGAUGGGGGUGCCCCUGCCCAGGGCCCAGAGCCUGCAGAGCCCCCCCAAGGCAGACCCCAACUUCUGACGCCCCCCCUGCCCCAUAGCCCCCCAUAGACCCUC